ACGGGGCCUCCGGAGCGGAAGCGGGUCGCUGUUGAGGCGGCGGCGUCUUGCUGGAGGGUUUCUCCUCGAGGUUUCCGGGGUGCUUCUCCGCUGGAGCGCGUCGGCGUUGGCGGCUGCCGGGCCAGACCGGCUCCAGGACUUGAAGAUACCGGAAAUCUGGCUGCAAAUUGCCAUGCUAGCCAGAGGAUGAGCAACCGGUGGGUGUGAGAAGUCGUCACCUUCCCUGACAGCUCCACACAGGUCCCCGUUCUUCUCUGGAGGGUGGAGCCGAAGGGCACCAUGAGUACAAGAAAGCGUCGUGGUGGGGCAGUAAAUUCUAGACAAGCCCAGAAGCGAACUCGGGAGGCAGCCUCCACCCCUGAGAUGGCCUUGGAAGCAGAGCCCAUAGAACUUGUGGAAAGCGCUGGAGAUGAAAUAGUGGACCUGACCUGUGAAUCCUUAGAGCCUGUGGUUGUGGACCUGACUCACAAUGACUCUGUCGUGAUUGUUGAUGAAAGGAGGCGGCCAAGGAGGAACCCAAGGCGGCCACGCCAGGACCACGGCGACAGCUGUGUGGUGAGCAGUGAUGACGAGGAGCUGUCCAGGGACAGAGAUGUGUAUGUGACCACCCACACCUCCAGACAUGCCAGGGAGGAGGCAGCCACGGGACUCCGGCCCUCUGGAACUGUCAGCUGUCCCAUCUGCAUGGACGGGUACUCUGAGAUUGUACAGAACGGACGGCUCAUCGUUUCUACAGAAUGCGGCCAUGUCUUUUGUAGCCAGUGCCUCCGUGACUCCCUUAAGAAUGCUAACACUUGCCCGACUUGCAGGAAAAAGAUCAGCCACAAACGAUACCACCCCAUUUAUAUAUGAAACGUGGGGAGUUUUGGGGAGAGGCAGACGGACAGACAGCCAGGCUAGAUCCUCCACAAAGCCGUUCGUGGCUUCUCUGCCUCAAUUUCCUGAGCUCAAAAAGACUGUUUCAGAGCCAACAUCUGAUACGUAAACUGCUCUUUUGUUUCAAACCUGCUCUUAGACCCUUUCGUUACCUCCAGUUCACUGCGGUGGGGUUGGAGCCAGGCCCAGGCUGGGGUCCCCACCCCUGCCCCUCUGGGCGCUCUGCUUCCAGGGUCGGAGAGAGGGAGUUAGGCACAUCGGAACUGAGAAUCGUGGUUCCAGCAUCUUUCUGGAACCUGCACGUUUGCCAAGAAAUUUUCCCCAUUUGGGAAGUCCGCCCCAGCUUCCUCAUGGGGGUGUCAUCAAGAGGCCGGCCCCGCUCUCCCGGGCAGGCUGCAGCGUCCCUGGCAUCAGCCCGCCUCAGUGACCAAGCCAGACGAGAUCCACCCGGCCCGAGGACCACGGGUGUGAGCACGGCCCUGGAAAGACCCAGCAUGGGGCUUUCUUCUUCCCUUGCAAGUCCAGGGUCACCCGUGACCCCCCAGCACCUCAGCAGUGACGAGCGGGAUUGCUGCAGAUCAGGGGACUCUACAGGGCGACUCCCAGCUUCCUAAGAACGAAAUGUGCAAUAAAGCCUGUUCCCUGCCCACUUCUCGGCAGCACAGGAGAUGUAGCACUGUUAGCGUCCCCUCAGAGGCCUCGUGUUGCCCGUGGAGCAGUGCCUGUCACAUCCCGUCCUAUUCGCCACCUGCUCUCAGGAACUUAACCCGUGCCCCAGAGUUUUUCACCUGGCGCAGGCCGUGCCGGGUGUAAGGCAGACGUGUGGUUGGGUGUCCUCGCUUCCGAUCAGAUCUGCCCUGCGUUCACCACAGGCCCUCCGGUCCUCAGUUCCCGCUGCCUAAUGUCUACCCGAGCGUAAAGACAGCCGGUGGCAGUAUCUCUGGCCUUACCAGCCACCCGUAUCCCUGCUGUUAUUCAAGUCACGGCUCCCCUGAAUUUCAAAGAGUUUGGCCCACCUGAUACUCGCUGGGCUCCGCCUUGGCUUUCACCCACACCCGUGCACCGGCUGACAUUCAUUUCAGAAGCUGCUCGUCUGGCCUUUUGGGCUUUUGACUGCUCCAUAGGUUUGGUUGGCAAAGUAUGGUGGCCUCUCUCCCCAACGGACCCAGGUAACAAGCUCUGCUCCGCUUCCUCAGUGUGAACGUCUUGGUCCCCGAGGAGGCAGCAGGGUGACCUGACUGCCUCUCGCAGCACGGGGCCUGGGGGUGGCCAGCAGGGGAGCGACCUUGCCCAGUCCGCCCGCCUCGGCCUCUGCGCCCUCCUUAGAGGGCUUCUAGCCAAACCACCAGCCUCUUCGUGUGAAACAGCUGCAAGGUGGGGAAGGGGCCUCCUCUGGCUUUGCUAGCAAUAACUGACCUUCAGUUUACUCUUCUGAAGGAGCAGGGACUCGGCACGGAAUUCACUUUAAACGGGGCUGAAGGAGUGUCCCUCCUCUAUGUGAAAAGAAAUUUGUUUUAUUCUUCAUUCUGACUUUUAACUGUUUGGCCCACUUCCAGUUAAUUUGGAUGAAAGUAAUAAUUUUCUACUUGGAGUCAAGGAGGGCGGGACGUCCGUUCUCAUCGGCCUGAUGCUGGGCAUGUCUGCCCUCUGGUUGAACAUCAUUGCCUUUAAGUUCCUCUGGGCUUCAUGGAAACUUUUGUUCUGCUCCAGCAGUACCCAGACUUCAGAACCCAGGACGACCAUGCAGCCCACAUCUCCUUUAAGUUUUGUGCUUAAGGACAGAUGGUUGAUCAAUAGGUUGUAUUCCUUCAUUCUAAAUUGGGGAAAAAAUGUUUUGUUUCUACUAUUCAGAAAUUGCAAAAUAGGUUGGUAAGAAAAAGAGUCGUUUUCCUUUCUUCAUUGUACAUAGUUCGGACCUUUCUUUGUUACACGUAAACUAUACCCACGCACAUCAGUCUGUUUUGGACUCCUCUAGUGUUACAGAUGGAAAUAAAAUCAUUCAUUUGAACCAGA